AUGGCAUCGACUUUAACGGGCGGAAACCCACAUAUUGUUCAACUCCCCCAAACACCCAAUAACGGCGGAGACAGUGACCCCCAAGCAAUCGUCCAGCAAUGGUUCAACGGCCUACAAACCCAGCUUUCGCAGUCCAACUCAAUUGACUUGACAGAGCUCUUCCACCCUGAGUCGUGGUGGCGUGACAUGCUUGCCCUGGACUGGGACAUGCGGACCCUCCACACAGCUGCCGAGAUCCAGAGCUUCCUGCGCAGGCGCCAGGCCCAAGCCCAAUUAUCUAGCUUCAAGCUUCAAGAUCAGGGAAAGUGGAAGCCGAGGGUGGAACAGGUUGUUGAUGGAUUGAGCUGGAUAUCGAGCAUGUUCUUCUUCAAGACUGCUAUCGGGAAUGGAUCGGGUAUGGUGCGAUUGACGCAGGGUACUGAUGGGUGCUGGAGAGUGUAUGCGGUGUAUACGUCGCUGCAGGAAAUGACUGGAACCGAGGAGCCGGUGGGGAAACGAAGGACAAUGGGGACCACGGAGUCCAUGCCUGGUGGUUUGGCUGGCGGGACGUGGAUCGAGCGCAGGGAAAGACAAAAGGAAUUUUUGGAUGCGGAGCCUACGGUGUUGGUUGUUGGGGCUGGUCAGGCUGGCUUGAACAUGGGUGCUCGUCUGCAGAAUCUUGGACUUUCCUGUCUGAUCAUUGACAAGCAUGAGCGAGUUGGAGAUAAUUGGCGCAAGCGGUAUCGGACUCUAGUCACGCACGAUCCGGCCGAGUUCACUCACAUGGCAUACCUCCCUUUCCCCCAGAACUGGCCUCAGUUCACGCCAAAAGAUAAGCUUGGUGACUGGUUCGAGGCGUACGCAAGCAUCAUGGAAUUAAAUGUCUGGGUCCAAACAUCCGUGGCAUCUGCCGAGUAUAAUGACACCACCGCCGAAUGGAAGGUAGAUGUCACUCGUGGUGACGGGUCCACGCGCACACUCCGCCCACGCCAUCUAGUGUGGUGCACCGGACAUUCGGGCGAGGCCAAGAUUCCAAGUUUCCCAAACCAAGAAUCCUUCCAGGGAACUGUGUACCACGGCAGCCAACACACCGAUGCAUCUGAUUCCGAUGUGCGCGGGAAGAAGGUUAUUGUCGUCGGCACAGGAAACAGCGGGCACGACAUUGCGCAAAACUACUAUGAAAAUGGCGCCGAGGUGACUAUGCUCCAGCGAAGCGGAACAUAUGUGAUAACUGCCGAAAAGGGCGUAUUCAUGAUGCACGAGGGUUUACAUGAAGAUGGCGGCCCCCCAACUGAAGAAUGCGAUCUGGUCGCCGAAAGUCUUCCAUUCCCCGUCCAAUUUGCUCUGAGCGUCCAUGCGACAAAGCGCUUUGCAGCGGCCGAAAAAGAGACUUUAGAUGGUCUGCAACGUGCCGGUUUCCAGCUCGACUUCGGAGUGGAUGGUGCUGGUAUUUCGCGUGCGUAUAUGACACGCGGUGGUGGUUACUACAUUGAUGUUGGUUGUAGCCAACUUAUCAUCGAAGGUAAGAUCAAGGUGAAGCAAAGUCCUCGUGGAAUCACUGGAUUUGGGCCCCGUGAACUGUGCUUGGAGGAUGGUACUACUCUGCCGGCUGAUGUGGUUGUCUUGGCUACUGGGUACGAUAAUAUGCGCACGACUGUUCGGAAAGUUCUGGGUGAUGAGAUUGCCGAUCGCUGUCAUGAUGUUUGGGACUUGGAUAAUGAGGGAGAACUUCGAGGGAUGUGGCGACCUAGUGGUCACCCUGGAUUCUGGUACUUUGGCGGCAAUCUUGCUCUAUGUCGGAUUUACUCCAAGUUCCUGGCUUUCCAGAUUAAGGCUGUGGAGUCUGGUAUUUCGACUGGUAAUCGUCAGGCAUAA